AUGCCCGCCAAGCUGCGCCUGCUGCCGCUGCAGGGCCUGAGCAUCCAGCAUCACUCCUUUGCUGUCCCUCAUGCUGCUGUCUGUCUCCAGAGCAUAAGGGCAGUGUCAGCACCUGCUCUGGCUGCCUCUGCAUCCGAGGAAGAAGCUGAGGAGGAGGAAGGUGCCAAUGAACCUGCCCCUGCUGUCAGCCCAGAGCCUGAGCAGCCAACAUCAAGCUCCACCUCCUCUGUCCUGGCACCUGCACGAGCUGCAGCUGCAGGCUCUGAAGAAGGCUCCAGUCGCCAAGCUGCAAACUCAAGCACGAGCAGCUCGUGCACCUGGAGCACGAGCAGCUCCUGUGGCAGCAGAGAGCAGCUGCAAGAGAGGACAGAGGACGAGUGGCUGGCCACGCUGAGGAUGCUGGUGAGCGAGGGAGAUGCCGAGGCUAAAUACACAGAACUGGAAACUCUUGGUAAAGGGGGUUUCGGAACUGUGUGCAUGGCAGUGGAGACUGCCACAGGAGAAGAGGUGGCCAUAAAGAAAAUCAAUCUCCUGCAAGAGAGCAGCAGUGAACUGUGCGUGAAUGAAAUCCAGGUCAUACGCGACAAGAAGAACGCCAACCUUGUGAGCUAUGUAGACAGCUACCUGGUGAACCAAGAACUCUGGCUGGUGAUGGAGUACAUGGACGGAGGUUCUUUACAGGAUGUGAUUAGGGAGACUCAGAUGGAAGAAGGAGAGAUAGCAGCUGUCUCUCGAGAGUGCCUGCAAGGCCUGGAUUUCCUUCACUGCCAGCAAGUGAUCCACCGAGACAUCAAAAGCCACAACAUUCUCCUGGGCUUGGACGGAUCUGUCAAGUUGGCUGAUUUUGGCCUCGCUGCUCAGCUCACUGCUGAGCAGAGCAAACGGAGAUCAGCUGUCGGGACUAUUUACUGGAUGGCGCCAGAAAUUUUCACCAGGAAGCCCUAUGGCCCCAAAGUGGACAUCUGGUCCCUUGGCAUCGUGGGGAUCGAGAUGGUGGAAGGAGCGCCUCCUCACCUGAUGAAAACCGCCCGCACGGUCCGACAGCUGAUAAGCAGCGGGGGCAGGCCGAGGCUGCAGAAGCCCAGGCAGCAGUCCGCUUGGCUGCGAGACUUCCUGCACUGCUGCCUGGAGACAGACGAGGACAGGCGCUGGUCUGCCCAGGAGCUUCUGCAGCAUCCGUUUGUAACCUCAGCCAAGCCGACCUCCAGCCUGACGCCUCUCAUCAUGGCAGCGCAGCAGUUCACGGCCGACAGGAGAUACUAG